UGUGUUCCUCUCUCAUUUUGUCUUCUGUGCUUUCGUUAUCUCAGGAAGAGAAAAAAAAAAUCUCGAUUCAGCGAUCAAACAAGCGUAAGAUCAGAUGGCGGCACCUUUCACGUUGAGGAAAAUCGGCGUUCCUCCGAACUCAGCGAACCUAACGGAAGCUCGCCGCCGUGUAUUCGAUUUCUUCAGAGCAGCCUGCAGAUCCAUCCCUACCAUCAUGGACAUUUACAAUCUCCAAGACGUCGUCGCGCCUUCCCAGCUCCGCUUCGCAAUCUCUGCUCAGAUUCGUAACAACGCUCACGUCACCGACCCUAAGGUGAUUGAUCUUCUUCUAUUCAAGGGAAUGGAAGAGCUGACUGACAUAGUGGAUCACGCAAAGCAGCGUCAUCACAUUAUCGGUCAAUACGUGGUGGGUGAAGGGCUCGUGCAGAAUACAGGAAGCAAGGAUCAAGGAAAGUCUGAUUUUCUCAAGAAUUUCUACACCAGCAACUACUUUUGAACUCCUCAUGUUUCCAGUAUUGUAUUGCAUGACUUGAAGAAGUUUCUUCCCAAUAAUAAUUAGACCUUUUCAUUUGUAUGAGUUUGGUCAAACCUCUCUAAAUUUUAUCUGGAACAGUGUUUGUUGUGCAGAUAUUUGCUAUGAUUUCAACUCUUCAGUAUAAAUUGAAUUGGUCUGUUUGAUUUAUGACCAUUUAA